AUGCUAGACAUCCUGUCGUCGCCGCUCAAGGGGUACCUCGCGCAGACGCUGCAGUUCUACCUCUCCAAGUACCUCAAGGACAUCCACCUCGAGGGCUUCGGCUUCUUCGGCAACGACCUCGUCCUCAACGACCUCGAGAUCAAGCGCCAUGUGCUGCAGUCCGCGCUCGACCUGCCGCCGACCUUCGACUUCUCGCGCGGCUUCAUCCGGGAGUUGCGCAUCCACAUUCCAUGGACGCAGAUCCUCUCGCAGCCGAUCGAGGUCAAGCUCUACACGGUCGAGCUCAUCUUGACCGCCAAAGACGAGAGCGCUCCUCGCCAGCGGCGCAACAGCAUGGCGUCCGAGGGCAGCUGCGCGACGAUGACGACGCACAUGUCCAAGAGCGCCGAGCCCGAGACACCCAUCGACGCCCCCAAGUCGAGCUGGCUGCAAGCCACGCUGGCCAAGAUUCUCGCCAACGUGUCGAUCCAGAUCAACAAUCUCGUGCUCAAGUACGAGGAAGACGACAUGGUGCUCUCGGUCACCCUCGGCCUCCUCGAUCUUUACUCGGCAGGAAAUACAAGCACGUGGGCGCGGGGCUUUGCCGAGCCCAAGGGCGAUCAAAAGGCCAUUGCCAAGUGUAUAGACGCCAAGGACCUUUCCGUCUUCCUCGAUCGGUACACAAGCGACCGCGUGGCCGUCGACGUCGACUCGGACUUGAUCCAUCGCCAAGUCAUUGGCUACGAGGUGCCAGUUCUGCGCCGAACGAGCCUCUCCUUGCGCUGCAUGUAUGCGCUCGAGCCUGCGACGAUGCAUGCCGAGGUAGCCAAGUCGGCGUACACGCCGCACGUGUACGGGGAUCCGUUUCUCGGUGCCUCGUUCGAAGGCAGUGACGUCGUCGUGCUCGAUGUGUACGUCAAGGAGCUCUGCGUCUCGUUGAGCGACCGCCAAGUGCAGAUGCUCAUUGCGUUUGUGACACCGAAAGCACCGACGUCGCCGCACCGACUUGUGCGAGCGUCCUCGUCGCCGCUGUUGUCCAGCGCCAGCGACCCGAGCGAGCCAUUGGUUCCGCUCGACUUGAAUCCAACUCCUGCACCGACACAGGCAGCGCCGGCCUCGUCGUGGACGAGCUGGGUCUACGGCGCCAUCAUCGGGGACGACGACGGCGCGGUGGACGAGCUCGAGAAAGAGCUCUUGACGUCGCUCGAGAACAAGAUUCCAGAGCACGAACCAAGCCCGCCCGAGUGCAGCAUUACGAUUGCAGAGGACCCGCCCGCGUCGAUCGUGACCGUGCGUGUGUCGAUCCAGAGUGCGUCGCUGACGCUGCGGAGUCAUGGCGAGGACGCAGCGGCGUCCAGUCCCACAAAAGGCGGUAGCGCCGAGGCGGCGGCGGUCGAGUUUGUGCCUGUGGCCAACGUGGGCUUGGUGCCCAUCGACCUCUCGCAGCACACAAAGACCAAAGUCUCGAAAGCCGCCACCGUCAUCGGCGUCAUCGAGGCCUCUUGCGUGCUACUACGCGUUUCGACCGAUGGCACGCGCCAAGACUCGUUGCUGGAAGUGCGCGAAAUGCUGUGGCACCAGCCAACGACGCUUGUGGGGCCGACGCUUCUUCGUGCUGGCGACAGUAGCAGCGCUUUGCAGGGCGCGCCGCAUCCGAAUGCAUCCGAGUCGUUCUUUUGCGACCUCUUGGCCGGUGAAAGCUGGCAGUGCGAUGGCGUGACAGCGCCCAUGGCGUGUGCGUGUGACGCGGCGACGACGUCCCUUGCAACGAUCGACGACUACUGGAUGAGCGCGCUUCGACGCCUUCAAGACUGCGUCGACAACCAAGGCAACGCCCACGUCUCCCGCAUGGUGGACCACGUCGUCGAGAUGGUGCAGCGCGAUCUCCACGUCCUUGUACCCGCGCCGCGCUUUCGACGCCAAGUGCACCUGCUCGCGCAGGCGUUUGUGCAGCGGUAUGAGCUCGACCGGCCCGUGCUCGAGAACCUUGAGCUGUACUUUAUGCCGUCCAUGCGGACAUGGACGGCCAUCAGUGUCGGCCACGCGUGCGUCCAUCUCGGACUCGCAAGCGGCCGGGCACUGCGCGUGCGCCACGUCGUUUCGCCCGAACUCGUCUCGGUCGAUAUGGCACUCGGGCCUCUGCAUAUAGAUCUUCGCCUCGAGCCGGUGGCCGCCUACAUGGCGUUUCUUGAUGGCUUGGACCUCUCGCGUCUGGGCGCAACCCACGCGCCGGCGAAAGCAACAACUGCGUCGCCUGUCGCCAUGACCCUCGUGCACGCGACGUCUGCGGCGCUGGACGUUCGUUUCGACGACGGCCAUGCUCUGUCACUGCACAUGCACGACGUGGUGCUAAGCAUGCUGGGCGAGCAAGAUAUGCGCGUUGCUGUCGCGGACGCAAGCGUUCGGAUCGACGCGACCGAGGUCCUCCACCUCUCGCACGCCGCUCUCGACUGGCGCGCGGACGUCGUUCAAGCUUCCGCCGACGCGUAUCUCGAGACGUGUCUCUUGCAAGUGAGCACGCCACUGCUGGAAACGGCGCUGAGCAACUUGCUCCCGACGGUCUGCCGCAUCGUGCGUGUCGAGUACGCUACGCCGACCGUGGCCAACGCGAUGCACUGCCGCGAUGCGUUCACCAUUGGCGCUCACGGCGUCGAAGUGGAAGCGUCUCUGGUCAUGAGCGAGGACCAGGCGAUGGCAACCACCCGUGCCUCUGUCGUAGUGGAGGCGGUCGAUUGCCGCCGACGAGGUCGCGUCAUCUUGGAGUCGUCUCGCACCGAGAUGCCGUGGGUUGCCUUCGAGGCAUCGGCCGAAGUGUCGGUGACGGCACUUGAGCAGUGGCUGCCAAGCCUUGUCAAUAUGCUGGCGUUGCAGUCACCCGAGGUGCCGCCACCUUCGUUUGUGCACCUCGGACUCCGGUUGGAGAUGCAGCCGUUGGAUGCGCAGUGGUACCGCAUCUUGCCACUCUUGGCCACGGUUGUCGACGCGCCUGGUACCCCGCUUAUUGAUGACGCGUCACCCAGCGUCGUGGAUGUGCCACUGUGGACGCUAGCAUUGUAUGUGGUCGUGGCACCCGCGACGAUUCAUCUCUCCAAACACGUCCUGCUCACCACCCCUGCCCUCCGCAUCGCGACAGACACGAGAUGGUCGGGGGUUGCUUGCGGCGGUCGCAGUCGGCUCCAACUCGACGUGUCGCCUUGGACUGUCGCAGCCUUGGCAUCGCCACUGCUCUCGUGUGCCGCAACACAAAUCGUGGUCGCUAUCGAUGUAUCAACGCGAACGGCGCCAUCGCCCGCGAUUUUGCUCUCGCUCGAGGCGACGGUGAUGCUCGGCGCAGUCGAUGUGUUUCUCUCGCCGCUUCAGGUGACCUUGUUGGGCCGUAUUCCGACGCUGCCGUCCCCCGGCGCAUCGCCUGAGCCUCCGAGAAUGGCACCUUUCGAAGCGCCGCCCGUGCUGUGGUCGGUGAAAACGGGUCUCGAGCUCGAUCGCGCCAGUGUGGCGCUUGAGAGCCCUGGUGUUGGUGUCGCGUCCCAAGUCGGCACGGUCUCGCCGCACAAGACGCCAGCGGCGCCAUCGGAGGCGCCAUAUCUGGAUCUUCAGGUGCAGCUGCACGACGUUGCCUGCACCGAGACGCUUACAUCGGCGAGACUGCCGCCAGCAGCCAGCAUUGGUGCCUUUGACAAGGUCUUGUCGUCCGAGAUCCUCGCGGGCAUUCUGUUUUGUUUGGACGAGUCGGACAUUCGCGCGUUCGGCGCCGCAACGAAGUAUGCGUUCCCGCCGGCCACCGCCAGCGCACUGGCGUUCUGGCGCGAGACGACGCUGCUGGUCAAGGCGUGUUGCGAGAAGGUCCAGCUUCGAUCCCUCGUGCGCGCGCAGUGUCCGAUCAUGAGUACGCACACGUCGCCUGACCCGUGGCUGUCGCUCUUCGCACGCAACUACAACGCCAACACGGGUGAGCUGGGCGUGUGGUGUCUUCUUGGUACCGUCGAGGACCUCGAUGUGCUUCUUAGCGAGCCGACGCUGACCCUGGGCACGCAGCUGGUCAAGAACCUCGCGCCCGGUGACGCCGCCGCAUCACCAGCCGCGUCCACGCCCCUCACCGCGUUACCGUACGUGUCGGUGCACGUCGGGUCGAUGCGACUGCUACUGCCCGUGGCGUCCAGCAACGAGCACGCGCAGAUGGCCGUGUGCGCAGAGGCGACGACCGUCGAGACUCUGCCGUACUUGGACUUGCCCACGGACGGCCUGAGCCACCCGCCGUUCCGUGUCGUGUCCCGCCGCCCGCGAGCGCCGUCUUCGGCGUUGCAGGUGGCGCCCAAGGCCAAAACCAUGCUGCGAACCGGGGCGGUGUACGUGGCGCUCGUCCACUACGAUGUGAUAGCAGCGGCCCCCGCGCGGUCGCCGUACGAGGCGGCCGUGGCAGCGCUCUCGGAGGCGCCGCUGACGCUCGUGCGCGUCGACUACCUCGUGCCGCCGUGGUUCCUCGCCAUCGAGUUGACGCCAUCCAAGCACAUGGACGUGCACGUGACCAAGCUCGGGCUCGAACUGGACGAACCCGCGCUGCAUGUCGUCGUCGACAGCGUUGGCCGCCUCUUGCGCGUCACCGGCGGCUGCGCGAUUUCUAUCGAUGGCGUCGACGCGCGCGUGCAAUCGGGUGCCGACACGUUGCUGCUGCGUGUUGGGCCUGUCGUGUUCCGCCACACGAUCCACGACGGCCGCUUCUCGGUCAAGAAUGUUGUCGUCGGUCACCGCGUCGCGGCGGAUGACGAGGCGCUCGUCAUCGGGCCGCACUCGGACCCGCACGACUGGCAGCUCGCGCGUCUCGCCUCGAUUGUUGCACCACUCGGAACGUCACCAAUUCCAUCGCAAACGUCGUCGAUCUGGACGCCGCGCGACCCGUUUCUGCCGCGCUUUUGCCUCCCGGGCGUCGGCACGGUGGACCACGUGGCGCUCAAGCUUCUCUGGUCGCCGAGUCAGCUCAGCGUCGCAGCGGCCAGUGACUGCAUCGUGUGCAGUACGGGCGCGCUCUUCGCGAGUCUCGAUGCGCGGGUCGCGGCCACGGAUCAAGCGCUCGUGAAAGCUUGGCCCGCGACGCCGCUCUUUGAAUGGUGCCCCAUAAAGCUGCUGGAUUUUGUCAUGACGUGGCAGCGCCUCGGCGUCGUGGUGCUUGAUGACGCUCGUCCCGUCACCGUUGCGCUCGGGCCUCAACUCGGCCGAUCCAAAGCGUGGCAUCGCCUGCAGGCGCAGGUCGCAGAUGCACCGGCGCUGCUACGAGACGUCGACCUGCGUUGCACGGGAGACGCCAAGCAGCUUUUGCGGCUCGUCGAUCGACAGCUUCUCGAGACGCGCGUGUAUCCAACCGAAGUGCAUCUCGACGGCAAUGUGGUGCACGUGUCGCUCUCGAUGUCGUCGCUGCGCCUACUACAACGCUGGAGUGCCGCGUGGUCUGUUCCUGCGACCGACGCGCCCCACGCAAAGGCGCUGGACGAUGUCGUCUCAGUGCAGGCGCCGACGGUGCACGACUUUGGAGAGCUCACUCUGCGCCUCGACCCCCGCGCCCACCAUGCGCGUCCUGGCGAGCUGGUGUGUACCGAGACGGUGACAUCGAACGCGAUCUUCUCGGGCAACGUGCUGUCGCCGACGGUGCUACUCGACGCAGGGUCUGCCACCACAGAAGACGGUGAUGACGACGACGACGAGCUGCGGCUCAUUGAUAUCUUGAACGAUCUCGCGCGCCCCUGGGACGACGACGACGAGAACAAGGAUUGUCUGGAGCUCCGCUGGCGGUACCCGUCCCCGCGACAGCUCACGCACGUGGUUGCGAUGCCGCUCCCUGCGUCGGUCGCGCCACGCGACUGGCCCAGGAUCGAAGCGCGCUUGUGCGACGUGCAGUGCGAAGUGCGUUGUUUCGAUAUCGUGAACUCGUCGUUCGUCUCGGUCGGCGUCGUGCACGUGCCGUGGGGACCGGAAGCCGGACUACCGCGCACCGGUUCGGCGCCGUCGCUCGCGGCCGCCAUCGCGCAGUGGAUGAGCGAGGACGACGACGAGCCGCCGCACGUGUCGGAGGCGUGGCAGCGCUCGUUCGAGGCCCGCGACUACCAGCUAUUGACGACACUGGCCGCGACGCAGUGGGAGCUUCGGUGGCGACUACCGCGCGUCGACGCUUCGUCGCUACCGUCGUACGUGGCCCUCUCGGCGCAGCUGCGAGACGCCGUGCGUGUGAGCUCUGUCGCUGCCAUCGAGGCGCUGCCGCUGCUGCACGUUGUGGGCCAUCUCCACGAAAUCAAAUUGGCGUGGCACAAUGGUGUUGAUGACGUCCAUGAGCUGUUGCACGUCACGGCUGCGGAUACCAGCGUCCACCUGCGGACGUAUGCAGGUCGUGCUGCCUAUAGCUGCGUUGUCGCUGGCGUCCUCGGCAGCGAGAUGCACAACCACACGACGCUGGCGACCACGACACUGCUCCUGCCGUGGCAAGUGACGCUCGUUCUGGAUCAGGCCGCCCAGCUCUCGCUGGCGCUCACGACGAGUGCGCUCACGCUCCAGCUCACACAAUACGCGCUGCUGUUUAUGGCGCAGUUGUCGCAGUCUCUCACCGAGACACCGACGGCUACGAUGGGCACAACCGAAGUCCAAGAGCUCCGAGGUCUAGCGUCGGUCGACUACAGUUGGCAUGCGAUCGCGGCGCCAUUGGAGCUGCAGUUCACACGGUCGCUCUCGAGUGGCUGGUCGACGCCGUGCCCGAUCUUGGCACCAGGUGGCGUGUGGCACCGGCAGCUUCCGACGGGCGGCAUCUGGGUCGAUGUUGCCGUCUGUGGCCUCGAGACGACCGUGGUCGUGCGCGGCGACGUUGCCGUUUUCAACCACCUUAACCAGCGACUGCAAUAUCGCCUCAACAACGAGGCAGCCGUCACGCUAGGCUCGUCACCGCAGUCGCAUAUCCUCGAGCGCCCGUCCACACGCGUCUCUCUGCGCUGUGACAACGGUCGUCCGUGGAGUGUGGCCCAGCUCGUUGCGAGUACGUCGACGCCCUUUGCGCCGGUGGCGGCGACGACGACGCCCGAGGCGCCAGCCACGCUUGUCGCGCUGUCGCGGGGCGCAGCCACCAUGUACGUGUGGGUCGCUGUCAAGCGCGCCGCCUCGUAUGUCAUGAAAGAGGCCACGUCGACGCACCGCGUUCUCCGCUGGAGCUGGCUCGAAGUGCAUCUGUGGCCGGCGUUAACAUUGACGAAUCGACUUGUGGCAGCGACUACCGUGUCUCUCCUGCACCAAGCGACGGGUCGGCGGACGCACGUGCGCCUUGCCGCGUCCGAAGAAAUUCAGGUGCUCGAGUACAACCCGCAAGAGCCGCAGGUUCUCGAGGUCAGUGGCACCACGCUCACGAUCCCGGCGUGUGCUUCGCCCGAGGGCGACGAGCUCGCAGCGUUUCCGGUCGGCGGCGUCCUCCGCGUCGACGCGCCAAAGUGCGGGACGAUGCACCUGACGCGACACGCGACGUCGCCGUCGCGGCACGUCGCCUUGUGUCCGGCGCUUGUUCUUCUCAAUAAACUGCCGUGGGCCAUCGUCAUUGACGGCACCGACUGCCGCCAAACGGUGCUACCGUCGGCCGAGCUCGGUCUUGCGAUCGCAAGCUUUUCGAUGGGUUUGCAGUACACACCCGAGACGCUGCUGUGGACGAACUACGCGUCGCAGCCGUCGCACGUCAUGUGGAUGCUGCCGUCUGCGCCAAGCUGCUGCCUCAGCGCCGUCGUGCGCCACAGUAUCGUCGACGGCGUGCCGCGGGUGACGCUGACGUGUCACUAUCAAGUGCGCAAUCAGUCGCGGUACCCGCUGCAGCUGCUGCCAACGGCGCUCCUCGCCGCCAAAACCAAUGCGGUCGCGCCAACGGUCGCGGCGCCUGCAGCCAACGUGUGGCCCGUUGGAACGCACGUCGAGCGACCGUCUUCUCUGCACUCGGGUCUCAAAUGGAUCCGGACGCGGCUCUCGCGCGGCAACAGUAUUGCGGACGACGGCGUCGAGACGCCAUUGUCGCCAGCCUUGGACGCGACGCGACUGCACUGUGUGCUCUCGGUUGCGAUUGCAGCACCCGGCUACGCGUGGUCGAGUCGGUCGAUUGAGCUUCGCCCGUGCGGGGCGCAGCGCCUUUUGCUCUUGCACUCGGACGCAACUCGGUCGGACGUGAUGCUCACGUUUGCGGUCGUGGCCGUCGACGACGCCGUCGUGCUCACGAUCUACGAGGACGCGCACCCGCCGCUGACGCUGCAAAACCACCUGUCGCGCGCCGUCGCUGUCGCGCUCGCCCACGUCGACGAGUCCAUUACGAUCGGCGCCAACGAUACGAUGGCGUACGACUGGCAGCUUCAGGACGCGGCGUACGGCAGCGUUCCUGCGCCGAGCGUGUUUGAUCCGCCGUCGCCGUCGCCGCGUGCGCGGUUCCGUGUUCGUGUUGCGGGAGACGACAGCAGCUGGUCCAGCGCUGUCUGGAUGGUCGAGGGCAUCCAGUUUGCACGCGCAGGCGAUAUCGUGCUCUUAUUGACCAUGUACGAGCGCUACAGCGUGUGGAUGGUCCACAUCGAGUGCAUCGACGGCGUCAAGAGUGCGCCGCGCGUCCCGUGCCGACCUCUCGCGGCGCCUCCCACACGCGUCUCGGUGCGCGUUGCCGCCGUCGUCGUGCGCUGUUUUGACGACCACGUCGUGCAGCACGACGACGGCCAAAGCUACGCCGAGGUGCUACGUCUUGACGCCGAGCAAAUUCAUUUUACAGCGCUGUCGCUGGGCGACGUUGUGCCGGACGCUCACAAGCAGCGGGCCGCUUUGGGGUACUUGUCGCACAUCGAGCGCUUCACGACGUCGCUCCUCGUGAUUGAAGCCUUGGAGCUUGUUCACUUUUUUCCCGCGUGCAACUUUGCAAAAGUCUUGACAUGCGGCGACGUCUCUCGGUCGACGGCGGUCGUCUCCGAUGCGCAGCUCCUUGCCUCGUCCAUUGAGCCGCUCGUCAAGUCCCACGCUGUGACGCUCCGCCUCGUGUCUGCCGAUGGCUGGGUGCCCAGCCAUUCGUACACGGACGCGCUAGAACUCGCCGUUUCGCCGAUCGUCCUGCAGGUUGAAGAUCUGCUGCUCGUUCGAUUGCAAGGAUGGCUCUCGCCGCUGCUGGAGGCAGCUCCCGCUGCGGCCGUGUCGCCGGUGGAGUCGCCACUCGAGACGCAAAUUGCACUGGCGACGCGGGCGAAACGCUACAUUGGCCGGCUGGUUCUCUAUCCGAUUUCGCUAACGAUCACUGCGCGCUUCCUGUACGGUCUCGACCGGACGCCGCUGUCGCUCUCGGGCGUCGACGUCACCAACGUUCUAUGCUUCGACGACCAACUCGCGAAAGACCUCGCCGCCAACUACGUCGCCGACGCCGUUGUGCGCAGUCCGAUGGUGCUCAUGUCCCUCAACGUCCUCGGAAACCCUGCAGGUUUUGUGCGCGACGUGAGCUCGGGGGUCCAGGACCUCGUGCGACUGCCGCUGCUCGCCGUCGCAACGGAAGGCUACUCGCCCGUCUCGAUCACAAAAGGCCUCUUCCGAGGCGCCGUGUCUUUCGCGACGCAUACUUCGGUCGCGACGCUCUCGUCCGUCUCGGGUGUCGCCCAUGCCAUCUCGCGGUCCAUGGACCACAUCAGCACGAGUGCGGCCACGGCUUCGACGACGACGCCGCCCGCCAACUUUACAUCGGGGCUGGCCCACGGCUUCCACUCGUUCGGACAAGCGAUCGUCGGUGCUGCGACUGGUGUCGUGACGACACCGUUGAGCGUGCUGCGCGACAACCAAGAGCAAGGCCGGUCCACGGGCCUCGGCGCUGGCGUCGUUGGCGUCGGAAAAGGGCUCGUUGGCAUCGUCGCGCAGCCCAUGAGCGGCAUGGCGUCGCUCGUCUCCAAGACGACCGACGGUCUCCUCGUCGAAAUGGGUGUCGGCGGUCAUAAUGACGCGGUGGCGUCGACGAUGCUACCGCUCCGACGGCACGAAGCGCGCUUUGUGCGCUGGAAACUCAUUGGAUCCGUGACGGGCCCGAUCGUCUUUGCGCAUGCGCUCUACUUGGCCGCGCACGAGGUCGUUGACGCAAAAUGCAGCAGCGCCGAGUGGCUCUUGCCGUCGGACGCUGGUGUCCCGAAUGUGCAAGUGCGCCUCGUGGUGUCCGCCACGCACGUCUACGUUGUCGACGCGCGUACGGACGCCAAGCUCGAGGUAAUUGUGCUCUCGACGAUCGCAGUCCUCGAGCAGAGCCUUGUCGAGCCACCAAGCUGGACAUUGGCGUCGGUGGCUCAGCCAUGUACAUGAGCUGGUAUCGCUUCCGCCUCGCGAUGCACGAUCGGCGCGACCUCGGACGCGCGAUUGCAACCUUUCGAAAGUGGUAACAUACAUGAUCUACUAUUCCC